AACAACAACAACAAUAACAACAACAUCAUCAAUAUUACUGGAAACAUCAAUAUUACCAUCAAAACCAUAGACACUGAUAACACAACCACGACCACCGACACCACCACCAUAACCACAACUACCUCUGCUAACCCCUCCUCUGUCACUGCCUCUUCUUCUUCCAGUAUCUUCCACCACCAACAUAACAACAACAACAACAACAAAAACAACAGCAGCAGCAACAACAACAACAACAUCGUCAUCAUCAAUAGCAUCGCAACUGGCACACCUUCCCACACAAGCAACACAAACAGCUCGGACACGAUCGCCAAUGACACACGCUGGACAGAUGCUCGGACACAACCACACGCAUCAUCAUUUCUGCUGCAAAUGUUGUUGUCGCCGUCGUUGUUGUUGUCGUCGUCGUCAUCACUGCUGCCAUCCUCUUCAGCAUCAUCUCCAACACCUAUGUUAAAAACAAGCAAACCAACAGAACUGGCACCUACACUACCAUUGUUUCCUGCUCCUCCUCUGGUAACACCUUAUUGGACAAUAUACUUGACAUCCUGCCACAACCACAACCAUCACAACUACAACCACCACCUCCACCUCCACCAACACUACUACUACUUCCACCACAGUUUCCAGACUUUCUUAUACUUUUCUUGUUUUUUCUUUAUUCUACCCUACAGGUUUAUUAUGCCGUUUAUUAUCGCAAUAUUUCAUAAGUUACAAACAGUUGAAUUUUAGAGAAAAAUGUACAAAAAAGAAAAAAAAUACUAAUACUAAUUAUAAAAACAACAAAAAAGAAUACUACUACCACUAACAAUAAUAGUAAUAAUAAUAGUACUAAUAAUUUUAAAAGCAAAACAACACCUAUAACAACAACAGGCUCAAUAAUAUUUCAAUGAAUUGAUGAAAAAGUGGAAAAGAAACUCCCUAGAUAGGAAUAUAAAAUAUUUUUGUUUUCUCUGUUAAAAAAAUGAUAAAUAACAUUGAAAAGUGAAAAAAAAAAAAAAGAGAUAUAAAGCUUGACAAAUUGAUUGGAUACAAUCUGUUAUUUUAUUUUAUUAUUAAUCCGAUUCUGGCCUUGCUCCACAUCCAUCCAACUGGUGUUAAGAAAGUUGUAAAAUAGUUCCUACCCAAAACAAAUUCGAAACGAAACAAAGUUUAUAAAAUGGAAUAAUAGAAUGAAAGAUAAAAAGAGAGAUAUAUUAAAAAAAAUAAUAAUAAAUUCUCUCAAAACUUGUAAUAUUGCUAGAAACCCUGGAACCUUGAGUUUAAAGUAAUUUAAAAAGUGAAAAAAAAAAAUUAUUUGCUGUUUUUUCUCACGAAAAUCAGUCAUUUUAAAGUUUCUUUUUCUUCAUUUUAUAAUUUCUCUUUCUUUUAAAUUAUUCGACACUCUCGUCUUUUUCGUUAUCUUUUGUUUCUCUUACAAAUAAUUUUUCAAAUAAUAAAAGGAUGAUUUUUCUCAAUUUGUCCAUCAGUAUUUUAUGAAAAAUUUUUUCAUAAAAAUUUUAAAACCAAGAAAACAGUGAAAAAAACAAAAAAAACAGGCUCUCUCUAUAAGGAGAAACAAUAGAUCAAGUUGAUACAUUGAUAUUGAAGAGAAAAAUAAAAGAUAAAAAUCUGUCCAGGGAAGUUAUUCAAGUUUAACAGAAAUUUUAAUUUAUUAAUUUCCUUUUUUUAUUCUUCUUUAAAAACACAAAUUCACAUAUUCCACCAAGCAAACACCUUUUCUCCUUUUUUCCCUGUCACACUGUCUUUUCUUUUGGCAGAAGUAAAAAAAAAAAAAAAAAUUAAAGCCAUGAUGAGCAGAAGGUAAACAAAUGUGAAAGAGGGAGGGAGGGAGACUGCAAAACUAGGAAGUGAGUGAGGUGGAAAAAGAGAUAAAGAGGAAGAGAAAAUACAGACAUACAGAAAGAGAAAGAGUGAGAGAGUGAGCGAGGAAGAAAACAAGAGGGAGAGACAGAGAGAGAGAGAGAGAGAGAGAGAGAGAGAGAGAAAUAGGGAGAAAGAACACUUGCUUCUUCCAACCAGCUAAAAGCAAGAAGAAACAUAUCCCUCGUAAUAAUAAUAAUAAUAAAAAUAAUAAUAAUAAUAAUAAUAAUAAUAAGGCUCUUCUCUUUUGAAGUAAAAAUUAUAUACAUAUAUAUAAUUAAAAAAAAAAAACUGAACAAGUACUCCAUAUGUGAACAAGGAAUCACCAUGUCAAGAAGACAGGCUUUUACCCUUAAACCUUUUGGCUUGGUUUUAUUCCAAAGUCUACUUAUAUUUUCGGUCAGUGGAUUGAACGCUUCAGCAGAUCUCAAGUCACUAGUACAACACUGGGCUAAGGAUCUGGGUGACAAAUUGUACAGUUUUAGUAACAAAGUGACAAUGUUGAAUGAUAUAAGUAAGAAAUAUCAAACAAGACUAAAAACAGAGGAGAAGAAACAUUCAACAAUAGUUGCUGAAACUGCAAAAAAAGUGAGUCAGUUGCUAGAGAAGAAAGUAAAGGCUGUAAAGAAACUUGCUACAGCAGCAGAAGAAGCCUACAGAAAUUAUACAGUAGAAGUAAAUCCACCGGUAGAUUAUUUAAAUGCCAAACUACUCAUUACUGAUGAGGAUUUACGAGCCAUGGGAGGAGACGCACAAAUAUUUAUGGAGAACUUCCAGUAUUUACGUGUUGAGAGACGACCAGAGUACGGCACAACUUCUGUUAAUCUAAAUUUAAGCACAGUCCAUGUAGCCACCUAUGUGUACCACAAAACCCUCGAAGUUCUCAAUGGAGUACAGUGGACUCGUGCCUUAGACAAGGUCUUUAAAGAAAAUAAAGACAAUGACUCAAAUUUAUCUUGGCAAUACUUUGGUAGUGCUGUUGGCUUCAUGCGAGUUUAUCCCGGGAUAAAAUGGCCAAUAAAUGAUGAAGAUCGUAUUGAUUUAUACGACUGUCGAUUGCAAGGGUGGUAUAUUCAAGGAGCUGCAGCACCAAAAAACGUCAUCAUACUUUUGGAUUCCAGUGGAAGUAUGACAGGAUCCCGUAUGAUAAUUGCACAGAGUACUGUAAAUAAAAUCUUGGAUACACUCACUGUGAAUGACUACUUCAACAUCAUUCAGUUUGAUGAAAAACCAAGAUACGUUGAUAGCUGCUUCAAUCGCACUCUCGUAGCUGCUAACUUGGAUAACCGUUUACGUUUAAAGAGGGCUAUAAAAUUUAUGAAGACAUCCAACAUAGCAAACUUCGAGAAAGCAUUACAAGAAGCAUUUACAUUAUUUUCUGAACAAAACAAAGUCAAUAAUGAAACUUGCUGCAACAAAGCUAUCAUGCUAGUAACAGAUGGUGCUCCUGAGAAUUACGAAUGGAUCUUUAAUAAAUACAAUUGGAAGCCAAAUUCAACUUCAAAAAGAAAUGUUAAUGUGAGAAUAUUUCCUUAUCUCAUAGGAAGAGAAGUCGCUGACAAUCGGCAGUUAAGAUGGAUGGCAGGUGCAAAUAAAGGUUUCUAUACACACAUAUCCACUUUGGCUGACGUAGAGGAACGUGUGCAGAACUAUGUUAAGGUGCUAAGUCAACCACUGGCAAAACCCACAUCUCAUCCACACAUAAUGUGGACGCCGGUUUAUGCUGAUUUCAUUGCCCCAGAACUCACAGAAGACAAUAUGCGCUUAGUCACGUCGGUAUCAAUGCCCGUUUUCAACAAAAAAGAUAAUUCUGAAGAUGCCUACAAAUUGUUAGGUGUCGUCGGAACAGAUGUCCCUAUUGAUCAAAUUAUUAGCUUGAUACCGAAGUACCAGUUGGGAGUGCAUGGUUAUGCCUUUGCAAUUACUAAAAAAGGCUAUGUUUUAUUCCAUCCAGAAUUCAGACCAUUUGAUAAUGGUCGUCCCAAAACUAACUAUAACAGUGUUGACCUCACUGAGGUGGAACUUACAUCAAAUGUUAGUGUGGUGAAGAAUUUAGAGACUGCUAUGAAAGACGGCCAUCAGGGAAGUAUAUCCAUGAAUGUAGCUGUCCAUAAAGAUUUUAUUCGGGUUUCUAAAAGACGUUACCACUACUACUAUAACAAUAUAGCUGGAUUUCCUUUCAGCUUGGCUCUAGUAUUCCCUGAAAAAUAUGGAAAUCUUCAGUUAAAAACUAAUUUUGAUAUAGGAAAGAAGGAUGUUCUUCGGAAUAAAUCAUUUCGCUUAUCAAGAUGGAAAUACUGUGAGAACCAGGAAGAAACCAGUAUGUCGAGAUUAUAUGAAAGUAUUAUGAGAGCGAAACGUGCAACACCUGAGAAAUGUGACCGAGAUUUAGUUAAUCUUUUAGCUUUUGAUGCUGACAUGCUGGUAAAACUCUUCAAAGUAUGGAAAGGAAAGAAGAGGGAAAAAAUUAAGAAGAAAGGGGUAGAAAUUAUUUUUGUCGGAACAUCUUCUGGAUUAUUUCUGUAUGAACAGUUUGUAGAUGAAUUGACUGAUUUUACGAUUUUACAUAUGCAAGAUACAAUCAGUAGCAGUUAUUAUGAACAAGCAGUGGAAGUGGGCCGAGCCAGAGAUGAAAUGAGGUGUCGACACGGAAUCAAUGAAACAUAUACAUUCUCAGUGCCAAUAAAUACGUUUCUGCAAAGAGGAAAUGAAAGGAUUGAAUAUCUAGACUUAAACACAACAGCAAUAACUGUGAGCGUUCCUGUUCUUAAGUGUGCUAGUGGAGGAGAUCGUCAGAAUUACACUGUGGCAGGUGUAUCUGGUUAUCAAAUGUCUUUCUAUAAAUUUGAUGAACUCGUCAGUGAAACGUUUGGUUGUCCAAAUGGGAAGUACUGUUCCAUCUAUAAUGGUGACAAUUCAAACUAUACAGUAUUUGUGAUUGACCAUAAUGGUAUCAUCAUAACUUCCAGCACAAAAACCACGGUAGGUCUAUUUCUGGGAAAUACCUUUGAACCAAUCGUAAUGGAAGACCUCUGGAACAGACGGGUAUACAACAAUUUUACCAUCACGGACUAUCAAGCUGAAUGCCAUCCAAAGAAUUCUAACGGCCCCAACUCUGCUGAAGCAUUAAUAAACCCAAUGAAGAAAUUUUUAUUCACCAUAAUCUGGAUCUUUCAUGAAUUAAUUAUGUUUAUUACAGAAUGGAGUUUUGCCAACUGGAUAAGUAAAAGUAGCAGAGUUUCUGGAGAAGAGGAUUACCCAAAUCCUGCAGAUUAUCCAGAUUAUUCUGUGGAACCACCAAUGAUUGAUGAUAUAGAGAGAAAACCAUGUGAAAAAAGUGUUUCCCUGUUCUUAGCUGACUUCAAUGCCGUGCCUUCUGAUGGGAUUGCUGGAUCCUAUAGUUAUUCAAACUCAUGCAAAAUUCAGCGAGAGAUGGAUCCAACAGCACAACAAACACCUGAAUAUUGUUAUAUAAACAAAGAUUUCCGAAUUACAUAUGCAACACAACAGAUACCAAACACUAAUUUGCUAUUGCUAGUGGUAAAACAAAUGAACUGUAUUUGUGAAGUCAACAAACCAAAUGAAUUGCUAAAACUGCAGCUGAGUAAAUUAACUUUAAAUGAAACAGAUGAGUGUAAGAAAUUAAAACAGACAGGAGCCACCAAAGGAGACUACUCAUACCAGUGUUUUAGCAGCUAUGAGGAAGAAGGAAGCGUAAAUGCCCAGACAACAGUUGGACACAGUGCAGUAUUACUAUCUAUGCUACCACUCUUUUCAUCUUACUGGUCGCUGUACUUAUAGCAGAGAAUAAUUUAAAUUCAUUCAUGCAUGCAAAUUGGCUGACAGAUGUACAGACAUACAUGCACACAUAAAACACUAACAUACACAAGUGUUUAGCGUGCAUGUGCUCAUAUUCAAAUGUAUGUGUGUGUGUGUGUGUGUGUGUGUAUAUAUUUGCAUACGCGUACGAAGGAGAUAUCUAUCUUAUGUGCAUACAUAUAGAUGCGCAUGUAUACAUAUAUACGCUCACACAACAAUGCAUGUAUGGAUGUAUAGAAAUAGACAGCAUCAUCCCAGGGUGGUCAUUUUCCAAGGCCAGCAGGUGAUGGAAAUGCCUUUAAACCUUCCCUCAACCAUGUUUAUGUAUAAACAAAAGAGGACCAAAAUGUAAACUAAAAACUUGGAUAUUAACCAAUAUUUUUCUAUUUUUCUGCUUCUUAUCAAUGACCAGUGUUGAUAAGGUGAUCUACACACGGUUACUGGUCAGUGUGCUGAGUCCUUCUAUUGUCCUGCCCCUUAUAAAAUCAUGCCACACCACAUCAACUGCUCAAAUAGGUUUGGCUUGAUCAGAUUUUACAUAUAUAUAUAUAUACAUAUAUAUAUAUAUAUAUAUAU